UUGCAGCAGAUUUCAAAUGUCGGGUGGCGUCGACGCAAAUCAACUGGAACUGGUGACCGAAAGGAGACGGCCAGCCGAACUAUUCGACAUCCAGUUGUAGGGCACACGCUUGAGGUUUUGUUUUUUUUCUUUUUUUUUUUUUUAAAUAGUCUGCGGUGGCAACAUGAGGGUGAGUGAAGUCCAUGCCGCGGAGUCUGUUGCUUACCUCAACAGAGCUCUUUUUAAGUUGCAGGAUAUUUGGGAUGAAAUUGGAAUUUCGGAGGAGCAACGCCUCCAGAGAACUAAUGUGGUUCACAAGCACAUCAAAGAUUUGCUGGACAGGAUGAUAGUCGAGGAAGAGGAAAUGAAAACCCGAGUAUUGAAAAACAUUGAAUCCUGGCAGAAAGAAAUUAGUCAACUGUGCAGUGAACUUCAGAUGCCCCCUUUUGAGGAGGAGAAAGAUUGUACCAUGCUGCAGAUGGAGAAGAACAGCCGCACUCAUUUGGAGCUCAUGAAGGAGCAUAAGAGGCAGAGAAUGGAGGAUCUCAAGAGUCUCGUUGUCAAAGACCGCGAGCUGUGUGACAUCAUUUGCACCAGCCCUUUUAGCAUCAAUCAGGAGGCAACUCCGUCCCUCAAACAACUAGAGGACUACCGGGCCUAUCUGGAUGACCUUACAGAGGAAAAGGAGCGCCGUCACAAAGAAUUUGUGAGCGUGAUGCAGGCGGUCAACACAUGCAUGAAUGAUCUGGAGCGGCAGGCCGAGACCAGUUUUGAAAAGGAUGUGAUGUGCGAGGAUGAAGAGGCUUUCUGUCUCUCGACUGAAAACAUCAGCUCACUUAAACUCCUCCUCAGCCAGUUGCAAAAGCGCAAGGCGGAGAAUGAGGAGCUCUGCGCACAACUCCGCACGAAGGUCCAGGAACUGUGGGACAGGCUGAAGAUUCCUUUGGAGGAGAGAGGAGAUUUUUCUGAGCACAUGAUCAUGUCCAAAAAGAGGAACAUUCAGGCACUUCAGGCUGAGGUCCAGCGCCUCGAACUGCUGAAACUUCACAGCAUGAAAAGUGUGAUCGGGGCUAUCAGAGGCGAGAUUUCUCUUUACUGGGAAAUGUGCUUCUACAGCCAAGAACAGCGCGAGGCUUUUCUUCAUUAUCACAAUGAUGACUUCACUGAGGAGCUUCUCACACUGCAUGAAGAUGAGGUCCAAACUCUCAAGAGCUACUUUGAGGACCACAAAGAUCUGUUUGAAGGUGUCAAAAAAUGGCAGCAGAAUUGGACUCUUUAUUUGGAACUUGAUAGGAAAGCUAAUGACGCCUCGAGGUUUAACAACAGAGGGGGGAAUCUGCUGAAGGAGGAGAAGCAGCGAAGUGACUUGCAGAAAAGUUUGCCCAAGCUUGAAAAGGCUCUGAAGGCCAAAAUCGAUUUGUGGGAGCAAGAGCAAGGCAAAGAGUUUUUUGUCAACGGGCAGAAGUUUCUGGAUUAUGUGCAGCAGCAGUGGGAGCAGCACCACAUCGAGAAGGAGAGGGAGAAAAUUGACAGGCAACUGAAGAAGAGCAAACAGACUCAGGAGGACAUGUUGUACGGAACUGCAGUGAGGACACCGUCCAAAAGACGGAUCGGCGGAACCCCCACACCAAGCAAACAGAGAAAGAUGGGAAUGUCAACCAUAUCCACGCCAAACAGCUUCGUCAGUCCAGCCUUUGGGAGAGCCAUGGGCCAGUCUUCAAUUCAGAAGCCUCCUCAAUCUGGCACAAAGGGUCUCGUCCUACGAACACCCGGGCAUGCAAAGACCCCCAGUGCACUUGAGAGGAACAAGGAAAAUCUCAGCGUCGCUAACAGGAACACUCCAUGUGGCGCACUCAGGUCUCAGGAUACUCAAGAUUGCACCAUCACCUUUAACUGUACUGCAAGCUCCUAUUCGGAAUUUUCGAGGGACCUGUCGAAGGCUGCUAAAUCGAAUGUGACUUCCAGGCUGCUCAACUCCACCGUCAGUCAACAGUGACUAAAGUCUUCAAACUCUGCUGUUUGUGUGGCAAGAGGGAAGCUUUUAUCAUCUAAACCUUUCCCAAAAUAUGUAAAUAGUUGAGAAAUGUGUGAACAUUUUGAGAUUCUCCUUUUACUCGGGCUUAUUUUAUUGUCAAUGCUAUUGUGGUCUUUCCUGUAUUUUUGCUGAAAGUAAAUGUUUGUGCAUAUGUUGA